UGCUUUUUUUCUGUGGUACGUUGACUGACGCUGUGGCUGCUUGUCUUGCCUUGUCAUUCCGACUUUCUUAUUCUUACAAAAAUCAUAGUCAUUCUCAUUCAUUCAUUCGGUGAAUUGCCUGUUUUUGUCAUAUAUUUUACCAAUUUAAUUGUGAUAAAAAUAUAAAUAAACUUAUUUAACACUUUAAAAGUUAUUGACGCAGAUAUAUUUUGUGCAUCAAUAUGUCGGCGACAGCGCUUUUCGGUAAUACAUCUGGGUUAGGCGGCAGCUCAGGAGGCAAUAAGCACCUGGUUGAAUUUCGUGCUGGAAGGAUGACACUGAAGGGCCGCAUGGUACAUCCUGAUAAGAGGAAAGGUCUUUUGUACGUGUAUCAGGGAGAGGAUUCCUUGAUGCAUUUCUGUUGGAAAGACAGAACAACUGGCGAAGUCGAGGAUGACCUGCUAAUCUUUCCAGACGAUUGUGAAUUUGUUCGUGUUGGGGAAUGUACUACUGGCAGGGUUUAUGUUUUAAAGUUCAAGUCUUUUUCCAAAAAAUAUUUUUUUUGGAUGCAGGAGCCUAAAACCGACAAGGAUGAUGACUACUGCAGGCGCAUCAAUGAAGCCUUGAACAACCCACCUACAUCAGGAGGCCGUGGAGGAAGUAGUGGGGGUGCUCAGGAUGGUGAACUGCAAAACAUUUUGAACAAUAUGUCCCAGCAGCAGCUGAUGCAACUUCUAGGUGGAGUAGGCCAGAUAGGAGGACUCUCAUCUCUACUUGGCACUAUGGGGAACAACAGCAGUAGCAACAGUGGCAACACAAGUGCCCGUCCAUCAGCAGGCAGUGGCAACAGUAGUCGCGGUGGCAGCGCGCCACGCACUACUGAGUCCGGUGCCACGCGCACUCCCUCGCGUGCCCGCGAUGUGCCUGCACCCACAGCUACUCCACCAAAUACAGCUACAGCAACUCAGCCCCGUGAUGGAGCGGGCGGACAGAUUUACCUGUCAGACCUGCAACGCUACUUCUCGGGACUAGGCAACGCUCCUCCGGAAAGCGAGGCUGGAGCUGGGGGCGCGGCGGGCGCGGCCGGCGCGGGGGCCGCGGCGGCUGCGGCGGGCGGCGGCGGGGCUGCGCGUGUGGACCUGGCGGCGGCGCUGGCGUCCCCCGACGUAGUGUCGACGGCCAGCUCGGCCAGCAACGCGCCGCGCCUGGCGCCGCACCUGCCGCCCGCGCCGUCCGGUGCCGCCCAGGACGAUGUAAGGACCACCCUGCUCUCACCGCAGUUCGCUCAGGCUGCUAACCAAUUCUCGUCGGCAUUGACUUCUGGUCAAAUGGGUCCCGUAAUAUCACAAUUCGGUCUGCCUUCGGAAGUCGCAUCCGCUGCAAACACGGGUGAUAUGCAGGCUUUCUUUAAAGCUCUUGAAACAACAUCCAAUGCGUCUGAAAAUAAGCCCAAAGAAGGGGAUGACAAGAAGAAGGAUGAUAAACCCAAAGAAGAUAAAGGUGACAAGAAAGACGAUGAUGCAGAAAUGUCACUUGAUUAACAUUUUAGUUAAGUUGUUUUAAAAAGCUUGGAAUAUGCCA